AUGCAUGGAAUGCCCCAUAAUGUUAUGGGAAAUCAAAAUUAUGGCGGGAAUUUUCCCAACCAAAGAAAUCAUGCUCCGAUUGGAAUGAAUGAUCCUUCAAAUGUUAUGGGAAACAUGAACAUGGGUAUGAAUAAUUUUAACGCCAUGAAUUCUAUGGCGCCCAUGGGUAACAUGCCAAUGAAUGGGAAUAUGCAUUGCAAUAUGAUGGGACCAGGACCCGGAAUGAAUAAAAUGGGAAUACAGGGUCCGGGAAAUCAAAUGUAUCCCAGACGGAUUUCUCCUUAUCCUUCCCCCGCAAUGCACAUGAAUCAGAAAAGAGGUGGGGGUGGAGGAAGCGGAGGAGGUGGUAGUAGCGGGAGUGGCAGCGGCAGCGGCGGCGGCGGCAGUGCCAACAGUGGUGGCGGUGGCGGUAGUGGUAAUGGUGGAGGAGUUUAUUCCGGUCCCGGACCUGGAGGACCUGGAUCGGGUCCCAUGCAAUCGGGUUUCGGACCCAAUAAUCCCAAUCAGGGCUACGGAAAUACGAGAUCGAAUGUUUCUUCUCAGUAUCAAAAUCAGUCAGGUAUGCAGAACAUGGGACCCGGUGUUGGAUCAUUUGUUCACGGCUCUGUCGUCAGAGUUGCUUCGGGAAGUCCGUCUGGGCAGGACGGUUCAAUGAGAGGAAAUAUGAGCUAUCAGCAUAACCCAUUACCUGGAAAUCCCACUCCACCUUUGACUCCGGCCGGAUUAAUGCCGCCUUACGUGAGCCCAAAUGCAGAUGUCAAACCAAAUUUCGUAGACAUAAAACCUUCCCUCAUGAUGCAAAAAGAUGAUGAAUUAAGACUAACAUUUCCAGUUCGAGACGGAAUUAUUCUUCCGCCAUUCAGAUUAGAACAUAAUUUAGCAGUUAGCAAUCACGUGUUUCAAUUAAAGCCCACCGUUCAUCAAACUCUCAUGUGGCGAUCGGAUUUGGAACUUCAAUUAAAAUGUUUCCAUCACGAAGAUAGACAAAUGAACACGAAUUGGCCGGCAUCCGUUCAAGUGUCUGUGAAUGCGACGCCAUUGAGCAUCGACAGAGGGGAAAACAAAACCUCUCACAAGCCACUUUAUUUAAAAGAUGUUUGUCAACCGGGAAGGAACACGAUUCAAAUAACGGUUUCAACUUGUUGUUGUUCCCACUUGUUCGUUCUUCAACUAGUCCACAGGCCGAGCGUGAGAAGCGUUUUACAAGGGCUCCUAAGGAAAAGACUUCUCACGGCGGAUCAUUGCAUCGCUAAAAUAAAAAGAAAUUUCAGUAAUAAUCCGACGAGCGGGGGUAGCAUGUCGUCGGACAGAGAUUCCGUCGAACAAACGGCAUUAAAAGUCUCGAUGAAAUGUCCGAUCACGUUCAAAAGAAUAACAUUGCCGGCGAGAGGACACGACUGUAAGCACAUUCAGUGCUUCGACUUGGAAUCGUACUUACAGUUGAAUUGCGAACGCGGUUCUUGGAGGUGUCCCGUUUGCAAUAAACCAGCUCAACUCGAAGGAUUGGAAGUUGAUCAGUACAUGUGGGGCAUAUUGAAUACGUUAAACAGUUCGGAAGUUGAAGAAGUGACCAUAGAUUCGGCGGCAAAUUGGAAACCGGCAAAAAGUUUAAGUCAAGGGAUCAAAACGGAGGAUGAAAACGAAUCUUGCGGAGGAAGUAAAAAGUUGAACAAGGCAAUGUCACCCGGAAGCAUGACCUUACCCACACUCAAUUCGUGGGACAACAUGAAUCAAGCUAUGUCACCAUACAUUCCGCCAGAUAUGAACAGCAUAGCAAGUGGUUCGAUGAUGUCCAAUAACAAUCCUCCAUCAUACGGUAACAGUCCAUUGAACAGAGGAAAUUGUUACGACGUCGUAUCGAGUCCUUUGGGAAAUAAAUAUUCAAACGGAGGAGGACCGUUGACACACAUGAACGAUUCCAUCAAUACGUUAGAUCCGUUGAACGCCAUUGAAAAAUCAUUAAACGAACAGAUGCCUAACACGCCACAUACUCCACACACUCCUCACACGCCCGUCGGAACGCCACACACGCCAAGCGGACCUCCAAGCGUACCCUCGAAUGACAUAUCAAAUCACAACAACUGCGGUGAUGUUACAACCACCAGCGAUCAUUCGACGGAUUUGCCAUCUGAUCUCAAUUUCGAUCCGGCAGCUGUUAUCGAUGGCGAAGGCACAGGCCAAGAAGCUCUAAAUCUGCUCCCAGAUAACGUCGUCGAUCCAAUGGAAUUAUUAUCUUAUUUGGAUCCACCGGACCUUGCAACGCCUCCAAGUAGCGGUGCAAGUAGUACGGGACACGCAGGCGUGGCCACAAACGAUGAUAUACUCGCUCUCUUUGAAUGA